AUGGCAAGCCUCUGCCGCAGCACGGCCGACGAUCCAGGCGCGCGCGCGCCCGCCACCAAGAUCUGUGCCACCAUCGGCCCGGCAUCCCAGGAUGUGGAUACGCUUCGUGCCAUGCUGCGCGCCGGCAUGUCCCUGGCGCGGAUCAACCUCACGUGGGGACCCCUCGACUUCCACCGCCGCACCCUGGCUAACCUCCAAACGGCAACUCGCCUGGAGCAGCGCCUCUGCGGGGUGGUGGUGGGCACCUCGGGCCGCGAAAUCCCAGUCAUCGGCCGCCCCACCUCGCGGGAUACGAACGGGUGGUGGCGCCACACAGAGGACCUCGCGUUUGAGGCGGGGGCCCGUGUGGUGGUUACGGCGCGCGAGGGCGCGGAGGCGUCGGGCAGCGUGCUGCCGAUCGGCUUCAAGGAGUUUGCAGGGGAGGCGGGGGUGUGCAAGGUCCUUGAGGCGGCGCUGCUUGUGGCUCGUCUCAAGGCCAGCCUGGUGUCACCCGGUGACGUGCUGUACGUCGGGCGCUACAUGACCCUCGGCUCCACCCAGGGCGUCACCCCCGACCCCUCCGCCUCCCUACUGACACUGCGCGUACUGAGCGUGUCGUCACCGGGUGACGUCGAGUGCGAGGCGCUGAACACCGCCACGCUCAGCGGCCUGUCCCUGGCGGCCUCUUUCCCAGACAUGAUCGAUUUCGUCGCCGUGUCGUACGUCAGAUGCGCCACUGACGUCGCCGCCGCGCGCGCCGCGCUCGACGCUGCGGGGCUAACCUGCGCUGGCGUCGCGGCAGAGGUCAACACUGCAGCGGCGCUGGGCAGGUUUGCGGAGAUCCUGGAUGAGUCAAACGCAGUCAUCCUCAACAGGGGUGCACUGGGGCUGGAGGUUCCGCCGGAGAAGCUGUGCCCCCUGCAGAAGGCGCUCGUGCUGGCGGCCAACUUAGUGGGGAAGCCUGUGGCCAUCAACAUGCUGGUCGACUCGAUGGUGGGCGCCCCGCGGCCGACGCGCGCGGAGGCGACUGACGUGGCCAACGCCGUCCUGGACGGCGUUGACGCACUGCAGUGUGGCGCGGAGACGCUGCGCGGCAGCUACCCCGUGGACGCCGUGUCCACCCUGGCGCGCAUCUGCAGGGAGGCGGAGCUGGUGGGCUUCGAACCUGGGUCACAGCGGGCGCGGCGAACCGCGGGGUCUCAGUAG